AUAAAAAGUCACCAUCGUGACUUGAAAUAUACUAUUAUAGGCGAAAACCAAAAAAAAAGGGGGGUAUUCCUCUGCCCCGGAAAAACUAACACGUUUCAUUUUAUUUUAUUUUAUUUUAUUUUUUAAUUAUAAAUGUUAUCUGCACAACCAGCUUAUGCACUUGCUAGAGCAACCUUCAAACGAGCUCAAAGAGGAUUAUUUGGUGGGAAACAUAUUCAAUUCGGUAACAAUAAUCCAUUUUCAAAGAAAAAGACAAGACGUAACUGGUUACCCAAUGUACAAAACAAGAAAUUAUACUCUGAAUCACUUUCCAAAUUCAUUGAAGUCAAAGUGACGACAGCUGUUAUGCGUACAAUUGAUAAAAAGGGUGGAUUAGAUAAAUAUUUGCUGGAAACGAGGGAUAAGAAUUUAUUUAGUGAAAAGGCUUUGGAGUUAAAAUCAAAAAUCCUUCAACAUAACAAGAGGCAGGCUGAUAAAAAGAAAGUAGUCAAUGAUAUUAUAUCUACACCAGCAGAAGCUACAACAACAACAGCAACAACUGCUUAAUCUAUAUAUAUUGUGAUAAUAAAACUAUUCAUGUUGACAUGUGUUGUGACUUAUUCAUCAUUUACUAUUUUUUUUCUUUUCUUUUUUCUUUUCUUUUCUUUUCUUUUUAUUUCUAUUUCUAUUUCUAUUUCUAAUUCUUUUUCUUUUUUAUUUUGAUUACCUUAUGGAACUGCCACAAGUUGGAAAACAUUGUCAACUCUCAGAUUGU